AUGGCGCAAAAUUCUAUUAUUGUCAGAAUACAGUCGAAGGAAGGCACCAAACGUAUUCAGAUUCCACCGACUUCCAGUGUUGGUCAUUUCUUAAAUGAGGUCAGAAAUAGUCUCAAUUUAUCAACUGUGGGCUGGUCCUUAUAUAAAGAUCGUCAGAAAAACCAUCGAAUUGCAAAUUCUAGGAAAACCUUGACUUCGAUUGGCAUAAAGCAUGGCGACCUAUUAUUAUUACACGAAGAACCAGCUGCUUGUUCUUCUAUGGAUCCAGACGAAUGUAUGGAUACUACAGACUCAGCUGCAGCUGCUGUUAACAACACAACUACUUUGUUUGGCAAUUCUGAAGUUUUACAGGACGAAGUUGAUAUCUUAUUAAGUAAAGAGGACGGACUAAUUCAUCGAAAAAGGCACCCACAGUUAUGCCGACAUGGUCCAAUGGGAAAGUGCAUUCACUGCUCACCUUUAGAACCUUUUGAUGAAGAAUAUUUAAGCAAGCUAGAACCGCCGAUCAAACAUUUAUCAUUUCAUUCUUACAUCAGAAAGCUUCGAUCUGGUGUCGACAAGGGAAAAUUUACCAUGUUGGAGAAUGUCGUAUGCACAAUUACGCCUGGUUGUAAAGAACAUCCACCAUGGCCUAAUGGUAUCUGUACAAAAUGCCAACCUAACGCCAUUACUCUGAAUAGACAAAGUUAUCGACAUAUAGACUAUGUAAUGUUUCAAAAUUCUAAAAUUAUGGAGAAUUUUUUAAAUUACUGGAGAAGUUGUGGCUGUCAACGAUUAGGAUAUCUUUACGGAUAUUACGAUCCUCAUAAAGACGUACCAUUAGGCAUUAAAACGGUGGUUGUUGCCAUCUAUGAACCCCCACAAAAGAAUACUAAGAAUUCUAUUCAAUUACUGGAAGACGCACAAGCGGAUACCGUUGAUGCAGUCGCUAAGAUAUUAGGAUUAAGAAAGGUUGGCUGGAUUGUAACAGACCUGUUACCUAAAGAUGUGCAUAAAGGAACGGUACAGCAUACUAGAGGUGUCGAUAUGCAUCUAAUGUCGGCUGAAGAAUGUAUCAUGGCUGCCGCUUUCCAAAAUGCUCAUCCUAAUCCGUGCAAGUAUGCAAGGGACAAAUACUUUGGUUCAAAAUUUGUAACAGUGAUAGUGUCAGGUGACUGCAAUGAUUCCAUUGACAUACAUGGUUAUCAGGUUUCAAAUCAAUGUAUGUCCUUGGUUCGUGAUAAUUGCUUAGUACCUACUAGAGAUGAUCCAACACUGGCGUAUGUGAGAAAUUCAACAAAUAUUCAAUAUGUUCCUGAUGUAUUUUAUAAGAUGAAAGAUGAAUAUAACAAUGAAAAAUUAGCGUUAGGAAGGCCUUUACCUGUCGAAUAUUUAUUAAUUGAUGUUCCUAAUGGAUUCCCUAAGAAUAUGAAGUUCCUAUUGGAUAAAUUAGAUGAUCAAUUUCCUAUUGAAAAUAGAGAUAAUAUCGGUCAACCACAGAACUUUAAUGUUCUAGCAAAGUAUGCCGAGCAACAUAUGGAUGGUAAAUUUUUGGAAAUGGCUUCCGAUUUCCACUUCCUUACUUAUUUGGUAAAAACGGAAAUAAUAAAAUUAGAGGAUUUGCAACCUCUUGCAACGGCAGUAAAACAAGAAUCUGCUUUAGAAGCUAUACAUUUUAAAAGAAGUAAAGCGUGGCAAACGGUAGAACAACUAAUGAAAGCUAAUGGUCCUCCACAAGAUAAUCUCCCGAAGGCAGCUACAUCUUGGUCGUGUCAGCAUUGCACAUUCAUAAAUGCUCGUAAUGACGAAGCCUGUGAAAUGUGCAACUUGCCUAGAUCAUGAUGAAGUUCACCAACGACUAGCCUUUACUAUACAGUGCUAAGCCUCAGUCGAAUAUAGUUG